UUGAAGUGGAAAUUUUGAUAACCAAAUUUAUUUUUCUGUUCUCUUUCUGCAUCCGCCCCAGUACCUUCACUUUCUUUCAUGUCCAAUUAGGGUUUUGCUCCUCUCCCAUUCUCCGCCAAAUUAUCCAAUUAAUCAAUCAAUAACUCGAUCAAAAGCUUCUAAUGGGCAGUAACAAGCGGAGACAACUCGACGACCACCGCCAAGAUGCCAACAAGAAACACCAGCAGUCACCUUCCUCCUCUUCUGCAACAACACCCAACACUCAAUCCUCGUCUAAUCCCAGCACUAAACGCCCAACCUUCCCUUCCUAUCUAGACAUCCCUAAUCUCCCUCCCAAAAUUAAGCUCCUCUGCGAAAUCAUCGUUAACACCCCUUCUUCCUCCGUCGAAGCCGUCUUUGGCAACGCCGGCGUCCAUGUCUCCCAGUCCGACGUCGAGCAAGUCCUCAAGCUUUCUUACUCAUUCCCUGGCCCCGCCGUCAAGUUCUUCCGCUGGGCCGGUUUUCAGCUCCAAGAUAAUCACAGCCCUUACUCUUGGAAUCUCAUUGUGGACAUUUUAGGUAAGAAUUCUUUGUUUGAUGCUAUGUGGGAUGCGAUUAAGUCUAUGAGACGAGAAGGGUUGGUUUCUUUAGCAACGUUUGCUUCUGUAUUUGAUAGUUAUGUUAUUGCUGGUAGAGUUAAAGAAGCUAUUAUGACCUUUGAGGUUAUGGAUCAAUAUGGUUGUCCCCGAGAUGUUUUUGCCUUGAAUUCCUUAUUGAGUGCUAUUUGUAGAGAUGGGAAGAAUGUUGAUGCUGUUGAGUUUUUGCAUGUGGCCAGGAAUGUCAUUAGGCCUGAUGCUGAUACUUAUGCCAUUCUUUUGGAGGGGUGGGAAAAGGAAAUGAAUGUGCUUAGUGCUAGACAAACUUUCAUGGAGAUGAUUAGAGAUAUUGGUUGGGAUCCUGUUAAUGUUCCAGCAUACGAUACGUUUUUGUGUACUUUGCUAAUGGACCGUGAUGGGUUGGAUGAGGCCAUUGGGUUUUUGCAGACAAUGAAGGAUAGGGGGUGUUGUCCAGGAAUGAGAUUUUUUAGAGCAGCACUCAAGGAGUGCUCGAAGUUAAUUGAUGUUAGAAGAGCUGGGUUAAUUUGGGAGGUAAUGGUGGAGAGAAAUAGGCUUAUGCCCGAUACCGAGCUGUAUAAUUUGAUGAUUACUUUACAUUGUUAUGCUAGCAAUACUGAUGUGGCACAAAGGUUUUUGGAUGAGAUGGUUUAUAAUGGGGCCUUUCCUGAUAGUCUAACCUAUAAUUUGAUGUUCCAGUUCUUGAUUAAGAGUAGGAAGUUGAAGGAUGCUUCAGUGCUGUUCAAUGAAAUGAUGAAAAAUGAUUUCAUUCCUAAUCAAGCAAAUUGCAGUGCGGCUGUUAGGGUAUAUAUAAAUUCAGAGGACCCUUAUAUGGCUAUCAAAAUCUGGAAAUGCAUGAUAGAGAAUUACAAAACAGACUUGGAGGAGACGGGAAAUUUGUUGGUUGCUGGGCUGUGGGAUCUCCGCAUGGAUCCUGAAGCAGUAAAAUAUGCUGAAGGUAUGAUCGAAAAGGGAAUCAAGCUCAGUUCUUCAUCAUUGGCAAAAUUGAAACAGAGUCUUACUCGAGCAAGAAAGGAUUUUGUGUACGAGGCACUUCUAAGAAAGUGGAAUGCACAUUCGAUAGGUUAGGUCUUAGUGUAUCUAAAGAAUACAACAGUGCUUUAGCUCACUGCUGGAUGUUAAAGAUACUGUGUACAGUUUAUGUAUUCUUUUGUUGGGGAAAAAUGAUUUUUUUUUUUUUUUUUUUUUUUUUUUUUUUUGUAAUUUGGGACUAAAUGAUGCUAAAUGAUCUCUUGGCUUAUUUUGUUUUAUUAUUAUAUAUUUGGUUGAAUUUGUGGACA